AUGCCAAUGGUGACACUUCACAUGGGCAAUUACCGAACCAUCCCAUAUACAAAAUUAAAAAGGGUCACUCUCUUCUUCUGUUCUUCAUCUGCUCAAGUGUCCAACAAACUCCCCAGUUUCAUAGAGAUGAUCGGAGAAAGGAAGGUGGUCUGUGUUACAGGUGCAUCGGGAUUCAUAGCUUCAUGGCUCGUCAAGCUCUUGCUUCAACGUGGCUACACUGUUCAUGCUACUGUCCGAUCCCUCGGUGAUCCAAAAAAGACACAACACCUACUUGCUUUUGAUGGAGCUCAGGAAAGGCUUUCUCUGUUUGAAGCUAACUUGGCUGAAGAAGGAUCUUUUGAGUCUGCUGUUAAUGGUUGCCAAUGUGCACAAUUGCUAGAGCCUGCAGUGAAAGGGGCACUUAAUGUUCUUAAAUCAGUUGCAAAAGUUCCAUCUCUCAAAAGAGUGGUCUUGACAUCUUCCAUAGCUGCAGUUAUAUUUGGUGUAAAACCUCCUGAGUUUGGUGCUGUGGUGGAUGAAACCUGGUUUUCAGAUCCGGAAACAUGUGAAAAACAAGAGUUAUGGUAUGUCCUUUCGAAGACCCUGGCUGAGAAUGCUGCAGCAGAAUUUUGUAAAAAGAAUGGUCUCGAGUUGGUGGUUAUAAAUCCGGGGUUUGUAAUCGGCCCUAUUUUACAACCAACUCUCAACUUCACUUCUGAGGGUUUUAUUAGUUUAAUUGAAACAGGAAAGGAAGUAUUUCCAGAUGGAAUUUAUAGACUUGUUGAUGUGAGAGAUGUUGCUAAUGCUCAUAUUUUAGCAUUUGAGAACCCCGAAGCAAAUGGAAGAUACAUUAUGGUUGCAGAUGUAACUCACUCUACAGAUCAUGAAGAUCGUAAACCAAAACUAUCCUGCUCUUGA